AUGAACACAGAGUCUGUGAGAACUAUGUUAAGAUGUGAUACAGUAUCUACGUCAACAACAAAGACCACAGAAAGGGAGACAAGAAAUGACAGUGUGGGACAACAAUUUCUGGCUGGAUGUUGAUUAUCUACAAGUUGCCAUGGCAGCACAAUAUUGUUCUGCUCACUUUACAGCAUUAAUGUUUGCAGAGAUCUGGUGUGAUGUUCAAAGAGAAAGAUCAGAAUCAGACAGAGGCAGUCAGAGGUCAUCACAGGGGUCAAGCCAGGAUACAAGAAUAGAUACCCUAAGUGAGGCCUCAAGUUCAAGGUCAGGUGUAUCUGUUCAAGAUCUUCUAUUGGAGGCUUACAGCUGGAUUGGGGACCCUGAUGGGGUUUAUGGUUGUGGUGCAGGCAGGAAGGCUGAUAGUUCCUCACGAAUCUGCACCUAUCAACAAGAAAACCAAUGGGAUAAAGCAGUUGUGUCAUGUGACAUUCAAAUGAGCCAAUCAGGAACUACCAAUCAGUAUGAUCUACUUAAUGUUUUGCAAUGCUUCGGAGCUAAUCACAUCUUCAACACUUACCUGCAAGGAAUUAUGGGACAGGAUGAUGUGCCAAAUUUAACUUCAGAAACUAGAGAGCUCCAGUUUGAAGCUGCUUGGAGAAUGGGGAUGUGGAACCUUGAUUCACCAAACAAGAUUGAGACGGGGACAGGAUUUCAUGAGAGUGUUUUCAAGGCCAUGAAGUCAAUCAGAGAGGACCAUAGCACUUUUACAGACAAAUCUCUAAACCACGCAAGGUUAUGUGCAGUUUCAAGGUUGAAGGAUGGCUGUUUGACGAGUGCUAGGAAAUUAUACCCUGUUUUAGCAGACCUAAUGUGUGUUAACAUUGUCAACCAAACAAGUGAUCUACUUAAAAGUUUUAGAGAGGUAGGGAGAAUGGAUCUUAGUGAUGUGAACCAGAUACUGGACAGUGACAGUGAUAUCAAAUUUACCUUGCCUACAUUGUAUAUGAAAUGUUCAGCAGUGAAGUUACUGUGGGAAAAGACAGAUAAUAAACAUGUGUUCCGUAUCUAUGUAGAAAGUCUACACCAGCUUGCAACUAGUGCAAGGGAGGCUAACAGGCAUCAGGUAUCUGAGAGAGCUAUAGCAACAGUAAAGGAGCUGGACAUAUCAGAUCUUUCUCUUAGCAUACCAUCUCAGAUUGAAGAGGCAAAGUUGUUCUGGGCAAGAGGAGAGGAGAAUAUAGCUAAACCUUUACUUAGAGGCAUGAUUGAUAAACUUAGGAAGUUAAGAUCUACGGACAAAUCAGCAGCCAUGUAUUACCCACAAACCCUCAGUAUCUAUGGUAACUGGUUAGCAGAGACAAGGUCAGAAAACCCCAACAUUAUUAUGGAAAACUACAUGGAAAAGGCUAUAAACAUGUACGAGCAGCUAGAUGAAACCGGGGAUCGGUCAGUGGACGCGUACCUUGCGUUGGCGAAAUACGCUGACACCCAGUACCAGAAUAUUGUCAAUUACAUGAACUCGAGUACAUACGAGGCAAAACAAUCUCUGAUGAGAAAAUCUCAACAAGAAGCUGACCGUCUUAGAGAAGUUAUGGGAGAAUCUGCUAAAGAUCGAUAUCUGCGAACAUUAGAGAAGCAAACAGAGAUAGAUCAACAUGAGCUGCUGUGUAUGCAGGAAGAUAGGAACAUUUAUCUACUGAAGGCCGUACUCAAUUAUAUCAAAUGUUUGAGGUGUGGAGACGAGCAUAAUUUACGAGUGUUCCGACUGACAUCUCUCUGGUUUAAUAACGUGCAUAAUAAGGACGUGAAUAGUAUGAUGGAGGAAGCAGUGAAUGAAAUCAAGACAUACAAAUGGUUACCACUGAUGUACCAGCUAGCAGCAAGAAUGGAUGUCAAACCACACAGAGAUACUUCACAACCUUUCCUUCAAAUUCUUGACAAGAUGAUUUAUGAGACAGCAGUGUCGCAUCCACACCAUACCUUGUUUUGUGUUCUGGCAUUGGCUAAUGCCAAUCGUGAUACAGAGUUGUUACAGCAGGCGAAGACAAUGAGAAGGAGCAGUAAGAUGUCCAAAUCUCAGGCUGAUAACCCGGCCGAAGAGGGUAGAGUGCUUGCUGCUAAAAAUAUGGUAGGAAAAUUAAGGGAGAAUAAAAAGGUUGGAGACAUUGUGAAAGAUCUACAGACACUUUGUGAUGCUUACAUACAAUUAGCUAACUGGAAUGUCCAGGAAUAUAAGACACAAACAAAGCCAAUCCAGUUGCCAGCACAGUUGUGGCUCACUAAAGUGAGAGGUUUGCGGAAUGUGCCAGUACCUACAAAGGAAAUAAAGGUGAAUGCCAGUUGUGACUACAGAGAUAUUCCCCAUAUAGAGAAGUUUGAGCCGACGUUCAAACUAGCCGGUUUGGGACGAGAUGAUCUUCGACAAGAUGCUGUGAUGCAGCAAGUGUUUGAUAUGGUCAACAAUUUACUACAGAAAGAUUCUGAGACACGAAAACGACAGUUACAAAUCCGGAAAUAUAAGGUUAUACCCUUGUCUCAGCGAAGUGGUCUUCUAGAAUGGUGUGAGGGUACAUUACCAGUGGGCGAGUAUCUGGUUGGUAGUAAAGGGGCUCAUGCACGCUACAGACCCAAAGAUCUCUACUAUAUUGACUGUAGAACUAAACUCACUGCUGCAACAACAACGGAGGGUAAAUACAAGGUUUAUCAGGAGAUCUGUGAAAAAUUCCAGCCAGUGUUUCGACAUUUCUUCUUUGAGAAGUUUACAUCCCCACCAGUGUGGUUUGAGAGAAGACUGGCAUAUACAAGGAGUGUAGCUACCAACUCUAUAGUGGGAUAUAUUCUUGGACUUGGGGACCGCCACAUACAGAAUAUUUUGAUUGACUGUAACACAGCAGAACUGGUACAUAUAGAUUUAGGUAUAGCUUUUGAGCAGGGUAAAAUCCUACCUACCCCAGAAACUGUUCCAUUCAGACUCACCAGAGACAUUGAGGACGCCAUGGGUGCAUCAGGGGUAGAGGGAGUGUUUAGAAGAUGUUGUGAGAAGACAAUGGAAGUAAUGAGAAGUAACCAGGAAGCAUUAUUAACAAUAUUAGAAGUUCUCCUGUAUGACCCGUUACAUGUUUGGACAAUCUCGCCGGCGAAGGCGUAUGCUCUUCAGCGACAGAGAGGGAGGGAGGAAAGUGGUGAUACUGUUGACGUUGCUAACACCACAGCUGAUAUCAUAGAUCUUGCUGAAUCAAGUACUUCAAGAAAUAGUGAGACACAGGAGAACCUGAACAAAGUAGCAGAACGUGUAUUGUUGAGGUUACGACAGAAACUACAGGGGGUAGAGGACGGUGUUCAACUUAGUUUAUCCGGCCAGGUGAAUUACCUUAUACAGGAAGCUAGAAAUCCGAAAAACCUUGCUAGAAUCUUCCCUGGCUGGCAGCCUUAUGUGUGAACUUUUGGUAUUCCUGAUAUGUUAUGUAAAAUUAAUUUGUUUAUCCUGGAUCAUGUUAUUGUUUGAAAUGCAAUGAACUUGUGAUAAUGCAUUAGCAGAGUUGAAAUCUUAAUUUUGAUGAUGUUUAUAAAAUUAUAUUAAAUCUACAGCAGAUUCAGAUUUUGAGAAAACUAGUUUUACAAUGUCAUUUGCUGCUGAAUAUUAUUUUUAGUUAAUUUCAUGAAUAUAUGAACUAAAAGAAUGUCAAUUGUUUUAGUUUUAAUGUUACCUGUUUAUGUUUUGCUUCAUAUAUAACCAUCAUACUGUGUUCAGUUUAUAAAUAUUUGUAUGUUACAUUUUGUUGUAAUAAAUGAUCAAAAGGAAA